UUUAAAAAGAAGUUUCAGCGCCAUGCGACAGUGCGUCGCCCUCUGCCUUUUGCUCCCGUUCACACUUGCGCUCCUUAUUCGGCCGAUGCGACGUAUUCGGACGCGGUUGCCCGUUCGAAAAUGCUGCCAUUGGCCGCGGCCGCUUACGGUAAAUCGCCACAAACGUGCCUUACGAACCGUUUCACAGAUGCUGUGCUGAAACGUCAGUUGAAUGUGAAAUGUGGUCCACUAGCAAAGGAUGAUGUAUGCUCUGGGUAUACGGCCGUUCUCAACGGCGAUAAGGCGAUUGUUCUCAGCUUCAGAGGUACAGACUCGUUUAUUCAGCUGGUCGUUGAAUCCGACCAAAGCGUGUUCAGCAGUCAGGUGGCAUGGAUCGCUGGCGGAAAGGCGUCCAAAUACUUCAGCGAUGCUUUCAUGAACUUGUGGAACGGUGGUAUGAAGGACGAUUUCAACACACUCAGAUCAAAAUAUCCCACAUAUCAGAUUUGGGUGACCGGGCAUUCUCUUGGAGGAGCGAUGGCCUCAUUAGCUGCCUCUUACAUUGUCGCCGCGAAGCUCGUGCCAGCUAACAACGUCGAACUGGUCACAUACGGCCAGCCACGAACUGGUAACAAGGAUUUUGCAGCAGCACAUGAUAGCCAGAUGGCGUACAGCUACCGUGUCACACAUUGGAGAGACGUUGUACCCCAUGUGCCACCAGAGAACCUAGAAGGCUAUCGUCACCACAAAUCUGAGGCUUUUUAUCACAAUGACAUGAAGGCCGGUGCCUCAUUCAAAGUUUGCGAUGCCGAUGAGGACAAAAACUGCAGCGAUGGCUUGGAUAUCACCGUAUCGGUCCCUGAUCACCUUCACUACUUCAACAUCGACGUCAGUGAAUACGGCGAGAAAGGCUGUAAAUAG